GAAUAGUGUCGCGAAACGUGCCGCCCAGCGAAGAUGGCGGCUGAGCUGCACCCGCGCAGCGGAAAGCUGAUCGGCCUGUCGAAUUCGAACCGAACUGCCCAGCGUAAUCAGCCAGUUCAGGAAUUUAAUCAUGGGUUGGUCUUAAGUCGGGAGCCACUUAAAGAUCGCGAUGUCUUUACUGUUCGAAUCGACAAGAAGGUUAACUCGUGGAGCGGGUCCAUCGAGAUUGGCGUGACGGCGCUGGACCCGGCGGCGCUGGACUUCCCCAGCAGCGCCACAGGACUGAAGGGUGGCUCGUGGAUCGUGUCUGGCUGUUCGGUGCUAAAGGACGGGCGCUCGGUGUUGGAGGAGUACGGCCGCGACUUGGACCAGCUGGCCGAGGGCGACCGCGUGGGCAUCCAGAGGGACGGGCGUGGGCAGCUCCACCUGUGGGUCAACGGGCAGGACUGCGGGCCCGCCGCCUCGGGCCUGCCGCCGCGGCUAUGGGCGGUGGUGGACCUGUACGGCAAGUGCACCCAGGUGACCGUGGUCAGCUGUGAGCCGCCGCCCGACGGAGGAGGGGGGGCAGACGAGGAGGCCAGGGCCGAGAGCGAGGACGGCGUCUGCGCGGAGGAGGACGACGACGACGAAGAGGAGGAGGAGGAGGAAGAGGAGCCGGCGGAGGGCAUCAUCGGGAGGGGGCGUGCUGCCGCGGCACGCCGCAACCAAGACAAUGCGGCCAUCGCAAGUGCUGUGGCGGCGGCAGCAGGAGCUGCAGCCCUGGUGAAUGGGGGCGCAGAGGAAGUGCCUGAACUUUCAAGAAGUCACAGCCGGCCAGACAAGUUCCCCAACAACCUAGACCCAGAGACAGUGCUGACGGAGCACCAGCUGUUCGACGUUUUCAACAACGCCAUCGUCUCGCUGUACCGCUCGGAGGAUGAGAGCGGAGGACACCUAGGCUCUGGGGGGGAGACGGACUCUUCCAGGGGGGCCAUGGACGUGUCCAGGGCUGGGUCCAGCGGGACGGGAUCGGGGCCCGGCGGAGGGGAGAACAGUAGCAGCAGCGGAGGCGGUGGAGGAACUACGCCCAACGGCGAGGGAUCGGGCCACAGUCCCCUGGGCAACGGUGGAGGAGGAAGUGGCGGUGGUGGUGUGACCGGAAUGGGAUCGGGCAGCAUGACGACCAACGACGCGCUGCUCUUCCACGAGAAGUGCGGCACGCUCAUCAAGCUGAGCAACAACCACAAGACGGCGGAGCGGCGACGUCCCCUGGACGAGUUCAACAACGGCGUGGUCAUGACCAAUCGGCCGCUGCGUCACAACGAGAUGUUCGAGAUCCGCAUCGAUAAACUGGUUGAUAAGUGGUCAGGAUCGAUUGAGAUUGGUGUGACGACACACAACCCAAACAACCUGGACUACCCGGCAACUAUGACCAACCUGCGGUCAGGAACGAUAAUGAUGAGUGGCUGUGGGAUUCUGACCAAUGGCAAAGGCACUCGCCGGGAGUACUGUGAAUUCAGCCUGGAUGAGCUACAAGAGGGAGAUCACAUCGGUCUAAUGAGGAAAGCCAGUGGCGCCCUGCACUUCUACAUCAAUGGCAUUGACCAAGGAGUGGCUGCAGCUCAGACGCCAGGUGUCGUUUAUGGGGUCGUCGACCUUUAUGGUAUGGCCGUCAAGGUUACCAUAGUUCACAACCAUAACCAUAGCGACCGUCUCCGGCGGAACAACGCCAUAAUGAGGGCUCUGUCGCCUGAUGUGGGGCGACCACGCCCCUCCCUGUCGUUGACCCCUGACCCUGAAACCCAGGACCGUCUGCUGUUCCACCCCAACUGCGGGCAGAAGGCCGCCAUCAUUGGUGACGGGAGGACAGCUCUGCGUCCUCAUGCGACGGACGACUUCAACCAUGGUGUGGUCCUGAGCAGCCGCCCGCUGCGCUCCAACGAGGUGUUCCAGGUGCGCAUCGACAAGAUGGUGGACAAGUGGGCCGGUUCCAUUGAGAUCGGCGUGACGACGCACAACCCCGCCUACCUGCAGCUACCGUCCACGAUGACCAACCUGCGCUCAGGUGAAACAAGGACGUGGAUGAUGACCGGCAAUGGGGUGAUGCACAACGGAACCACCAUCCUGGACGAAUAUGGGCACAACUUAGACCGGCUCAAAGCGGGUGACACGGUGGGGGUGGUGCGCAAGGAAGACGGUAGUCUGCACUUCUUUGUGAACGGCGUGGCUCAGGGCCCCGCUGCCUGGAAUGUGCCGCCCUGCGUCUACGCCGUGGUCGACCUCUACGGACAAGCCGCCCAGGCCACCAUCAUGGACGACAUGGCUGACCUCCCCCCUCUGCCGGACGACUGCUCAGAGGGCCCCACGGCCAUGUCGCCGGGCAGCCCCUGCUCGGUCGGCGGCGGCAACGCCACCAACGACCUCCGCUUCCACCAGAUGCACGGCACCAACGCGGUCAUCACCAACGGCGGCCGCACGGCACUGCGGCAGAACUGCCGCAGCGAGUUCAACGACGCCAUCGUAAUCUCCAAUAGGUGCCUUCGAGAUGGAGAGCUCUUUGAGAUAGUGAUUCAGAAGAUGGUGGACCGCUGGUCAGGCUCAAUAGAAGCAGGAGUCACGGCGAUCAGGCCAGAGGAGCUGGAGUUUCCCAACACCAUGACAGAUAUAGACUAUGACACAUGGAUGCUCAGUGGCACGGCCAUCAUGCAGGACGGCAACACCAUGCGGAACAACUACGGUUGCGAUCUGGACUCGUUGACCACGGCCUCGCGGAUCGGCAUGAUGCGCUCGGCCACUGGCGACCUGCACUACUACAUCAACGGCGUGGACCAGGGCGUGGCCUGCACAGGGCUGCCCUCAGAGGUGUUUGCGGUGAUUGACCUCUAUGGGCAGUGUGUCCAGGUCUCCAUCACCAGCUCAUCAGGGCCUCUGGACAACAGCCUGUGUACCAGCAAUAUCACAGAAAAGAGCUUCCCCAUCCACUCCCCAGUGGCAGGGGUGGCUCACCGGCUGCACAGCAAGCACGGCAAGAACAUGGUGCUCCUCGGAGACGGCUGCCAGGCACUGCGGGUGGGCAGCUACGCACACGGCGUCGUCUUCAGCGCCAAGGAGCUUAAGACCGACGAGCUGUUUGAGGUGAAGAUCAACGAGGUGGCGGAGCAGUGGGCCGGCUCGCUGCACAUCGGCUUGACCACGCUGCAGCCCGCCGAGCUGCCCUCCUGCCCGCUCAGCGACCUCUCUCCCUCGCUCACGCAGCUCAGGUCGAAGGUCACCUGGCUGCUGGCCGGCUCGGAGGUGCGGCGCAACGGAGUGCUGCAGCGGCAGAACUACGGCUGCUCACUGGACCGGCUCACGGUUGGGAAUCGUGUUGGAGUGAAGAGAUGUAGUGAUGACACCAUGCACAUCUUUAUUGAUGGAGAGGAUAUGGGGCCAGCUGCUACAGCGGUAGCAAAGAAUGUGUACGCGGUGCUGGACCUGUAUGGCAAGGUGACGGCCAUCUCCAUCGUCAGCUCGUCCGCCUCGGAGGACACGGAGAGUGUCAAGGCGCCCUCGCUCUCCUCUGACAGCUGCAGCGAGGGAGAGGAGGACAGCACGCCGUGUGAGGCGGAGCCGACCCAGGUGCCCACCGUCAUGGCCUUCCUGGAGAACCACGGGAAGAACAUCCAGCUGGGCAAUCAGAACCUGACGGCCGCCAGGGUGUCCAGUUACAACCAGGGCCUGCUGGUCACAGCACAGCCCCUGCCUCGGCAACAGCUCUUUCAGUUCCAGAUCGACCGUCUGAAUCCAUCGUGGACGUCGUCUUUGUCGCUGGGUGUUAUUGGUCACUCACCUGACAGGCUCAAUUUCCCUUCCACGGCCUGCUGUCUCAAGCGUUCCGUGUGGUUACUCCAGAGAGAUUCCGUCUUCCACAACUCACUCAAGAUCUGUGAGAACUACGGUCCCAACCUGGACACGUGUCCCGAGGGCACCGUGCUGGGGCUGCUGGUGGACGCCAGCAGUUGCCUGCACCUCUACGUCAACGGCAUGGACCAGGGAGUGGCCGCCCAGGACAUCCCCAGCCCCUGCUACCCCCUCAUCGACCUCUACGGGCAGUGUGAACAGGUCACCAUAGUGACCAAUAACGUGCCGGAGGUGGGAGCCGAGAGCGGGGAGACGCGUUGCCAGGCCGACAUGGAGAAGGCGGACAUGGUUGAUGGGAUCAAAGAGAGUGUGUGCUGGACGCCCCCUCCGGAGGUGAACCCCAACAAGACGUGUGAAUACCAGGCCCUGUGCUCCCGCUUCAAAGACCUGCUCACUCUACCUGACGGCUACUUUAACGAGGAUGCCAAGUAUAACCUGUGUUACUGUGAGUCCUGCCACAAGCUCCGUGGUGACGAGGCGUACUACAAACGUGGGGAGCCGCCCCGGGACUACGCCCUCCCCUUCGGCUGGUGCCGCUUCGCCCUACGGAUCAAGCCACACUGUGAGGUGUCCAACGCCUUUAAGAAGUGGCACAUCGCCUACCACGGCACCAGCGUGGGAGCCCUCCGACGCACACUGGACCUCAGCCAGCUGCUCCCAGCCGAGUCGUCGUCCAUCUUCUCCGUGUCCCCGGUGAAGACGGAGAGCCAGGGCGGCUACGGUGAGCCGGAGGAGAACAGCGCCCCCGAGAGGGAGGUCCCGCGUGUGCAGCUCUCGCCCACCAUGCGCUACUCCGGCCUGGAGAUCUUCGCCCCCAAAGUGCAAUUCCGGGACCCGCGAUCCCACCGCUGCCACCUGGCGCAGGUGGCCUUCCAGGUGUGCGUGCGGCCGGGCUCCUACAAGGUGGGUCCACAGACCCUGGGGCUGAGCGAGCCGCUGGACCCGCGUUUCAGCAACACCGAGAUCGAGUGGGUGACCAAGGAGCGUGGCGGCACACUGCUCUACGGCCUGCUCGUCCGGGUGGAGUGAGGAGAGGACCUGAGGGAAAACAGCCUGAAGGGAGGGGGA